UUACUUGUCAGCGGCUACUACCAACUAGUAGAAGAAAACCAAAAUGGCGGAAGUACUCGACGAAGAAGGCCCGUUAGAUUUGCCUCUAAAUACUGCUACUGGCGACUCAAACGGCAGUCAAAAUGGCAACGAGGAGCAAGAAGAAGAUUUCCAAGUUGACCUGAAUCUCGGCGAACUAGAUUUGACCUCCCAAGAUGAGUUCAUAUUAGACGAAGUUGACGUGCAUAUUCAAGAAAAUUUGGAGGACGAACUGGUUAGAGAGGCACUGAAGGCGGGUGUAGACCUGAGGCAGUACUCAAAACAGAUUGAGGGAGAACUUCACGAAGUGGAAAAUGCAUCCAUCAACGAUUAUAUAAAAGAAAGUAAAAAUAUUGCAAGCCUCCACAACCAAAUAGCAUCAUGUGACACCAUACUUGAGAGAAUGGAGAAAAUGUUGACAAGUUUCCAGGAAGAUCUGGGAAGCAUCAGUUCAGAGAUCCAAACACUUCAGGAACAAUCACUGUCAAUGAAUAUCAAAUUGAAGAACAGACAGGCUAUACGAGGAGAACUGAGUCAAUUUGUUGAUGAGAUGAUGGUUACCGACUCAAUGAUAAAGCACAUAUGCGAUACUCCUGUAACAGAGCAAAGCUUUAUUGAACAGCUCCAUGAGCUCCAUCACAAGAUUGACUUUGUUAAAGAGCAGUCAUUUAAAGGCGCUCUAUCCUGCAACGACGUAGGAGAUAUAUUAGAGAAACUCAAAGUCAAGGCUGUUCAAAAGAUUCGGGAUUACAUUUUACAAAAGAUUUAUUUAUUCAGACGUCCGAAUACAAAUUAUCAAGUCCCCCAAAAUGCUCUUUUAAAAUAUAGGUAUUUUAACGAGUUUUUAUUGGCUCACCAUCGUCAAGUAGCCAGAGAAGUAAAAGAUGAAUACGUCGACACAAUGAGCAAAAUCUACUUUUCCUACUUCAAGAGUUACAUGGCCAAACUUAUGAAACUGCAGUAUGAAGAAGUUGCAGACAGAGAUGACCUUAUAGGAGUUGAAGAUAAUGCCAGAAAAGGUUUCUUCACAUCUCGACCGAUGCUGAAAAAUCGGUCGACCAUCUUCACACUCGGUAACCGUGGCAACGUGAUUACGUCAGAGCUCGAGGAGCCAAUCAUCGUACCGCAUACUGCACAAAAAAUGGAAAAAAAGUACUCGUUCGAGAGCUUGUUUCGUAGUCUGCAUUUUGCGCUGCUGGACAACAGCUGUCGCGAGUACCUUUUUCUUGUGGACUUCUUCAUGGUCACCGGGAACGCCGCCAAGGACGUCUUCACCCAAGUGCUCGGCAAGACACUUUCAUUAUUCCUGAAACAAAUGGAUUCAUACAUCGAGAACAGCUACGACGCAAUCGGUCUGUUUUUAUGUAUACAUAUCAUCCACCGGUACCGGAUCCUCAUGCACAAACGAAGCGUGCCUGCCCUAGACAAGUACUGGGACACAUUGCUGGAGAUGUUUUGGCCACGUUUCACCAUCAUUGUAGAAAUGAAUAUAGACAGUGUCCGGACCACCGACCCCCAGAAACUUGGACACAUUGACGUCAGACCUCAUUAUAUCACCCGACGGUAUGCAGAGUUUUCAGCUGCUAUAGUCAGUCUGAAUGAAAGCUUUCCUGAUGAAAAGGUUAACAAGGUCCUCGCGUCAUUGCAGUGCGAGGUAGAGAACUUCAUUCUGCGCAUGGCCGCCGAGUUCCCGCUUCGUAAGGAACAGCUGGUCUUCCUCAUCAACAAUUACGACAUGAUGCUUGCUGUGCUUAUGGAACGAACUUCAGAGGACUCGAAGGAGGUUGAGGGCUUCCAGCAACUGCUAACCGCAAGGAUAGGAGAGUUUGUGGAGGAGGUUCUGUCGCCGGCGUUUGGCGGGAUGAUAGCGUUCGUGAAAGAAACAGAGCCACAGUUGGAGCGAGGUCAGGGACAGGCUAUUCGUCCUGAUGAACGCCGCAUCCAGCAGCUUGUCCGCGGGUUUGCGGCGGACUGGAAGAAAUCGGUGGAGAACAUCAACCAGGAAAUCAUGCGAUCAUUCUCCAACUUCAAGAACGGCACCACCAUCCUACAGGCGGCGUUGACCCAGCUCAUCCAGUACUACCACAGGUUCCAGAAAAUUCUAUCCCAGCAUCCUUUCAAGCGUCUACCAAUCAGGAGCGAGCUCAUCAAUAUUCACCACGUGAUGGUCGAAGUCAAAAAACACAAGACAACAUUUUAAUGGGCACCCUGUGGUGCACUAUUCAUGGGAAGACAAGUUCGACUUUUGACAUGGUCGAGCAAGGACUUGGGUGUUCGGAAGGAUAGAUAAGAUGAAGGGGGGGGGGGGGGGGGUGGGGGGACAACAUGGUUAUACGUUAAAUGGAAUUUCAUUGUAUAAUUAUAUAACACAAGCUUCAAGCUAAAAAAUUAGGAAUGUAAAUAAAAAUAGAAAAUAUAAA